CCUUCCCCCACCCUUUCCGGCUUUCUCCUACUGCGCAGGCGUAGAGAGUGAGUCAAGAUGGCGGCCCCCGUGGAUCUGGAGUUGAAGAAGGCCUUCACAGAACUUCAAGCCAAAGUUAUUGACACUCAGCAAAAGGUGAAGCUUGCAGACAUACAGAUUGAACAGCUAAACAGAACGAAAAAGCACGCACAUCUUACAGAUACAGAGAUUAUGACUUUGGUAGAUGAGACUAACAUGUAUGAAGGUGUGGGAAGAAUGUUUAUUCUUCAGUCCAAGGAAGCAAUUCACAGUCAGCUGCUGGAGAAACAGAAAAUAGCAGAAGAAAAAAUUAAAGAAUUGGAACAGAAAAAAUCCUACCUGGAGCGGAGUGUGAAGGAAGCUGAGGACAAUAUCCGGGAGAUGCUGAUGGCACGAAGGGCACAGUAGGAAGCCUCUAGAGGAAGCGCUUCCUCCCAGCCCCUCCUGUUCCUGGCAGGGGCAGAGGAGCCUAUAUAGGGAGACUGCUCUGCUCGGCCUGAUGGACGUUUUAUCUGGAUGGUCUGGUAACCCUGUGUUUUCUGCAUCACUCUGGAGCUCCUCUCAUAUCCCAUCUCUGUAUUUAUUCUGGCUCUGCCUGCCACCCCUCUUCCCUGGUGGUGAGUCAUGAAAUCCCAGGAGAGGGGAGAAGGGAGCCAGGAGAGGGGAGAUGGGAGCCAGGAGAGGGGAAGCUCUGCCUGGGCCUACUACUAGUCAUGCUGGUCAGACCAAUAAAAGACAUCUGUCCCA